AGCAGUGGCACAGUCCCGUAGUGUCAGUCAUGGUGGCGCUGUCGCUGAAGAUCGGGGUGGGGAAUGUGGUGAAGACCAUGCAGUUCGAGCCCUCCACCAUGGUGUACGACGCCUGUCGCAUCAUCAGGGAGAGAGUUCCAGAAGCACAGCUCGCCAGCGUGACCAGUGACUAUGGCCUCUUCCUGUCAGAUGAGGACCCAAAGAAAGGUAUUUGGCUAGAAGCAGGCAAAGCUGACUACUACAUGCUAAGAAAUGGGGACACUCUGGAGUACAAAAAGAAACAGAGACCCCUGAAGAUCCGCAUGUUGGAUGGAACUGUUAAAACAGUCAUGGUGGAUGACUCAAAAAUCGUCAGUGACAUGCUAAUGACCAUCUGUGCCAGAAUAGGCAUCACAAACUAUGACGAGUACUCACUGGUGCGUGACGUGGGAGAGGAAAAGAAGGAAGAGACCACAGGGACACUGAAAAGAGACAAGACCCUCCUGAGGGAUGAAAAAAUGGAGAAGCUCAAACAGAAACUUCACACAGAUGAUGAGCUGAAUUGGUUGGAUCAUGGGCGGACUAUGCGAGAGCAGGGUGUAGAGGAGUCUGAGAUGCUGCUUCUCAGAAGAAAGUUCUUCUACUCGGACCAGAAUGUAGAUUCCAGGGACCCACAGCUCAACUUGCUCUAUGUGCAGGCCCGUGAUGACAUCCUGAAUGGCUCCCACCCCGUCUCUUUCGAUAAGGCAUGCGAGUUUGCUGGAUACCAGUGCCAGAUCCAGUUUGGAGACCACAAUGAGUCAAAACACAAACCUGGAUUUCUAGAUUUGAAAGAAUUCCUGCCCAAAGAGUACAUCAAGAACAAGGGCGAGAAAAAGAUCUUCCAGGCACACAAAAACUGCCAAAACAUGACCGAGAUUGAGGCCAAAGUCAGCUACGCCAAACUGGCCAGAUCUCAAACCUAUGGAGUGUCCUUCUUCUUAGUCAAGGAAAAAAUGAAAGGAAAGAAUAAGCUUGUUCCACGUUUGUUGGGCAUCACUAAAGAGAGCGUAAUGAGAGUGGACGAGAAGACCAAAGAAGUGAUGCAGGAAUGGAGUCUGACCAACAUCAAACGCUGGGCGGCUUCUCCCAAAAGCUUCACCCUGGACUUUGGAGACUAUCAGGAUGGUUACUACUCUGUUCAGACCACUGAAGGAGAGCAGAUUGCACAACUCAUCGCUGGUUACAUCGACAUCAUUCUCAAAAAGAAAAAGAGCAAAGAUCACUUCGGCCUGGAAGGCGAUGAGGAGUCAACUAUGCUGGAAGACUCGGUAUCUCCCAAAAAGUCAACAGUUCUUCAGCAGCAGUUUAAUAAAGUUGUGAAAGUGGAAACGGGCUCCGUUGCUCUGCCGGCCAUCAUCCGCUCUGGUGCAGGUGGUCCAGAGAGCUUUCAAAUGGGCUCCAUGCCACAGGCCAAACAGCACAUCACCAGUGGGCAGAUGCACAGAGGACACAUGCCGCCUCUGACCUCAGCUCAGCAGGCUUUGACCGGCACCAUUAACUCCAGUAUGCAGGCGGUACAAGCAGUUCAGGCCUCUCUUGAUGAGUUUGACGCCCUGCCUCCACUGGGCACUGAUGCGGCCUCUCAAGCAUGGAGGAAGAACAAAAUGGAUGAGUCCAAACAUGAGAUUCAUUCUCAGGUGGACGCCAUAACUAGCGGAACUGCCUCUAUGGUCAAUCUGACUGCAGGAGACCCAGCAGAGACGGAUUACACCGCUGUGGGCUGUGCAGUCACCACCAUCUCCUCCAACCUGACCGAGAUGUCUAAAGGUGUGAAACUGUUGGCAGCGCUGAUGGAGGACGAGGGAGGAAAUGGCCAGCAGCUUUUGGGUGCUGCCAAGAACCUGGCGUGCGCUGUGUCCGAUAUGCUCAAGACCGCUCAGCCCUCUAAUACUGAGCCACGACAGAACCUCCUGCAAGCAGCGGGUAAUGUGGGUCAGGCCAGUGGUGAACUCCUGCAGCAGAUCGGAGAGUCUGAUGCUGAUCAGCACUUCCAGGACAUGUUGAUGCAGUUGGCAAAGGCUGUGGCUAAUGCAGCGGCGGCUCUGGUGUUAAAAGCCAAGAAUGUGGCUCAGAAAACAGAAGAUUCAGCUCAACAGAACCGAGUGAUUGCCGCUGCCACCCAGUGUGCCCUGUCCACGUCACAGCUUGUGGCCUGCACCCGAGUGGUGGCUCCCACCAUCAGUUCCCCUGUGUGUCAGGAGCAGCUCAUCGAGGCCGGGAAGCUGGUGGCUAAGUCUGUGGAGGGUUGCGUGGAGGCGUCACAGGGCGCGACCAAUGACGAGCAGCUGCUCAAACAGGUGGGUGUGGCCGCCACAGGUGUCACUCAGGCUCUCAACGAGCUGCUGCAGCAUAUCAGACAGUACGCCAGCGGAGGACAGCCAAUCGGACGGCACGGAGAGGCCACUGACCGCAUCCUGGAUGUGACCGAUAACAUCUUCAGCUCCAUGGGAGACGCAGGGGAGAUGGUGCGACAGGCUCGGAUCCUUGCUCAGGCCACCUCAGAUUUAGUCAAUGCCAUCAAAGCCGACGCGGAGGGUGAAACCGACCUGGAGAACUCCAAGAAACUUCUGUCUGCUGCCAAACUCCUGGCUGAUGCCACCGCCAAGAUGGUAGAAGCUGCGAAGGGUGCGGCUGCUAACCCUGACAGUGAGGAGCAGCAGCAGAAGCUGCGUGAAGCUGCGGAGGGUCUGCGCAUGGCCACCAAUGCUGCUGCACAGAACGCCAUUAAAAAGAGGCUGGUCAACAAACUGGAGAAUGCAGCCAAACAGGCGGCUGCAGCUGCCACUCAGACGAUUGCUGCCGCGCAGAAUGCCGCCUCUUCCAACAAGAACCCUGCUGCCCAGCAGCAACUCGUGCAGAGCUGCAAGGUGGUGGCAGAUCAGAUCCCUCAGCUAGUUCAGGGUGUGAGAGGAAGUCAAGCUCAGCCUGACAGCCCCAGCGCCCAGCUCGCCCUGAUUGGAGCCAGUCAGAACUUCCUCCAGCCCGGAGCGAAAAUGGUGACUGCAGCAAAAGCCACGGUUCCCACCAUCAGUGACCAGGCAUCUGCCAUGCAGCUCAGUCAGUGCUCCAAAAACCUGGCUAGCGCUCUCGCUGAGCUGCGCACCGCCGCACAAAAGGCUCAGGAAGCAUGUGGUCCUCUGGAGAUUGAUAAUGCUCUCACAAUGGUACGAGGGCUGGAGAGGGACAUGCAGGAGGCCAAAGCUUCAGCUGCUGAAGGCAAACUCAGACCCCUGCCUGGAGAAACGCUGGAGAAGUGUUCUCAGGAUCUGGGCUCUAGCACUAAAGCCGUGAGCUCUGCUAUCGCUCAGCUUCUCAGUGAAGCCACCCAAGGCAAUGAGAACUACACAGGUAUGGCUGCUCGUGAUGUGGCUCAGGCUCUGCGUUCACUGGCUUCGGCUGCACGUGGAGUGGCCGCCAACACGGAGGACCCUCAUGCCCGUAAUGCCAUGCUGGACUGCACCGCAGAUGUCAUGGACAAAUCAGCCAGCCUGAUCGAGGAGACCAAGAGAGCCAUCGCCAAACCGGGAGACCCUGACAGCCAACAGAGACUGGCCCAGGUAGCUAAGGCAGUGUCUCAGGCUCUGAACCGCUCCGUAAACUGUCUGCCGGGCAGAGACGUGGAUAAUGCCAUCAGAACUGUAGGAGAAGCCAGCAAGAAACUCCUGUCUGAUAAAUUCCCAGUGAGCGGGAAGAGUUUCCAGGAGGCUCAGGCGAAUCUGAACGAGGCAGCAGCUGGACUGAACCAGUCAGCCAAUGAGCUGGUGCAGGCGUCACGCGGCACCACCCAGGACCUGGCAAAAGCCUCCGGGAAGUUCGGACAAGACUUCAAUCACUUCCUGCAGGCUGGAGUGGACAUGGCUGGACAAUCCCAGUCUAAAGAGGACCAGACUCAAGUGGUUACCAACCUUAAGACCAUCUCCAUGUCCUCCAGCAAACUUCUGCUGGCUGCUAAAGCUCUGUCCACAGACCCCAACUCACCCAACCUGAAGAACCAGCUAGCUGCUGCCGCUCGCGCGGUGACAGACAGCAUUAAUCAGCUGAUCAGCAUGUGUACCCAGCAGGCUCCGGGACAGAAGGAGUGUGACAACGCUCUCCGUGAGCUUGAGACGGUUGGGGGAAUGCUGGAGAAUCCCACAGAAGCCGUCAAUGAUUUGGGCUACUUUGACUGCAUUGACAGUGUGAUGGAGAACUCAAAGGUUUUGGGUGAGGCUAUGGCUGGCAUUUCCCAUAAUGCCAAGAACAGUAACUUGCCAGAAUUUGGAGACUCGGUCAGUUCAGCAUCUAAAGCGCUGUGUGGUCUCACUGAGGCAGCCGCUCAGGGGGCGUAUCUAGUGGGUGUGUCUGACCCGAACAGUCACGCUGGGCAGAAAGGGCUUGUGGACCCCUCACAGUUCGCCAGAGCCAAACAGUCAAUCCAGAUGGCCUGUCAGAACCUAGUGGACCCAGCCUGCACCCAGUCUCAGGUCCUCUCUGCUGCCACGAUUGUUGCCAAACAUACUUCAGCCUUGUGCAACGCCUGUCGACUCGCCUCCUCCAAAACAUCCAACCCAGUUGCUAAGAGACAGUUCGUCCAGAGUGCCAAAGAGGUGGCCAACAGCACCGCCAACCUCGUCAAGUCUAUCAAAGCUCUUGAUGGGGCCUUUAACCAGGAGAACAGACAAAAGUGUAAGGAAGCCACUGGGCCGCUCAUCGAGGCUGUGGAUAACCUGACCGCCUUCGCUUCAAACCCAGAGUUUGCUAGCGUACCUGCACAGAUUAGCCCCGAGGGUCUGGCAGCAAUGGAGCCUAUCGUGGCGGCCGCUAAGACCAUGCUGGAGAGCUCUACAGGCCUGAUUCAGAUGGCCCGUUCACUGGCCGUCAACCCUAAAGACCCGCCCAAAUGGUCUGUGCUGGCCGGACACUCUAGAACAGUGUCUGACUCCAUCAAGAAACUCAUCACUAACAUGAGACUAUCAUGUAAAUGGUUUCAGGAGAAGGCUCCAGGUCAGAGGGAGUGUGAUGAUGCCAUUGAGGUUCUUAAUAACUGCAUCCGUGAGGUGGACAAGGCGUCUCUGGCAGCAAUCAGCCAGCAACUCACACCUAGAGAUGACAUCUCCCAUGAGGCCCUUCACGAGCAGAUGGCAGCAUCUGUGCAUGAGAUCAGUAACCUGAUUGAACCAGUGGCCAUCGCAGCCCGCUCCGACGCCUCUCAGCUGGGUCACAAGGUGUCUCAGAUGGUUAGUUACUUUGAGCCACUUAUCAUGGCUGCCAUCGGUACAGCGUCGAAGAUCCUGAACAGCCAGCAGCAGAUGAGCGUCCUGGAUCAAACUAAGACUCUGGCUGAGUCUGCCCUACAGAUGCUCUACACUGCCAAAGAGGCUGGAGGAAACCACAAGGCGGCUCACACGCAGGAAGCUCUAGAGGAGUCUGUUCAGAUGAUGAAGGAGGCGGUGGAUGAUCUGGCUGCAACUCUGGCAGAGGCGGCCAGUGCUGCAGGAGCGGUGGGCGGCAUGGUCAACUCCAUCACUCAAGCCAUCAAUAAGAUGGAAGACGGUCCUGGAAUCGAACCUGAAGGAACGUUUGUGGAUUAUCAGACCACGAUGGUGAAGACGGCCAAAGCUAUCGCUGUCACCGUUCAGGAGAUGGUUACCAAAUCCAACACCAACCCUGAUGAGCUGGGUGGUUUGGCCAAUCAGCUGACCACAGAGUUCGGUGACCUGGCAUCCGAGGCCAGAUGUGCAGCCAUGACUGCUGAGAAUGACGAGAUCGGUUCUCACAUCAGGAAGCAGGUGACAGAGCUGGGCUACAGCUGCACUGGUCUGGUCAGUAAAGCAGGAGCACUGCAGUGCAGUCCAAACGACUCCUACACCAAAAAGGAGCUCAUCGACAGUGCUCGGAAAGUCUCCGAAAGGUUCACUGUGUCUCACGUGCUGGCGGCUCUUCAGGCGGGCAAUCGUGGUACUCAGGCCUGCAUUACCGCUGCCAGUGCUGUUUCUGGCAUCAUUGCCGAUCUGGACACCACCAUCAUGUUUGCCACCGCAGGCACUCUCAACCGAGAGAACGCCGAGACCUUUGCAGACCACAGAGAGCACAUCCUGAAGACAGCUAAAGUUUUGGUGGAGGACACAAAGCUGCUGGUGUCUGGAGCAGGAGCGAGUCAGGAGAAACUGGCUCAGGCUGCGCAGUCGUCUGUUAACACCAUCACUAAACUGGCUGAUGUGGUCAAACUGGGAGCGGCCAGUCUGGGCGCUGAAGACCCUGAGACACAGGUGGUUCUGAUUAAUGCGGUGAAGGAUGUGGCUAAAGCUCUGGGUGACCUGAUCAGCGCCACGAAGGCUGCGGCCGGCAAACCUCAUGAUGAUCCUGCCAUGUUACAGCUCAAGAACUCUGCUAAGGUGAUGGUGACAAACGUGACGUCUCUACUGAAGACGGUGAAAGCCGUGGAGGAUGAGGCCACUAAAGGCACACGUGCACUAGAGGCCACCAUAGAGCACAUCAAACAAGAGCUGGCUGUGUUCAGCAGUCCAGAUCCUCCUCCAAAGACCGCCACUCCAGAGGAGUUCAUCCGCAUGACCAAAGGCAUCACGUUGGCCACGGCGAAAGCAGUGGCUGCUGGAAACUCGUGCCGCCAAGAGGAUGUGAUCGCCACUGCUAACCUGAGCAGACGAGCCAUCGCUGACAUGCUGCACUCCUGCAAGCAAGCGGCAUUCCACCCGGAGGUGAAGCGAGAUGUUCAGGCUCGAGCACUGCGCUCCGGCUCUGAGUGUGCCACAGGAUACCUUGGCCUGCUGGAGCAUGUGCUAGUGAUCAUUCAGAAACCAAGUCAUGACCUUAAGCAGCAGCUGGCAAACUUCUCCAAGCGUGUGGCCGGUUCAGUGACAGAGCUCAUACAGGCUGCAGAGGCCAUGAAAGGUACAGAAUGGGUGGAUCCUGAGGACCCGACCGUCAUCGCCGAAAAUGAGCUGCUGGGAGCCGCAGCUGCCAUUGAAGCUGCCGCCAAGAAACUAGAGCAGCUCAAACCCCGGGCCAAACCCAAGGAAGCUGAUGAAAGUCUAAACUUUGAGGAACAAAUUUUGGAAGCAGCCAAAUCCAUCGCUGCAGCCACCAGCGCUCUGGUCAAAGCUGCAUCUGCUGCUCAGAGAGAGUUGGUGGCUCAAGGGAAGGUAUGAACAUGCCUCGAUGAAUGUCGGGCAAUCCCAGCAAACGCGGUGGAUGAUGGACAGUGGUCACAGGGUCUCAUUUCUGCUGCACGUAUGGUGGCUGCAGCUCUGAACAACCUGUGUGAAGCGGCUAACUCUGCGGUUCAGGGUCACGCCAGAGAGAAACUCAUUUCUUCGGCCAAACAGGUGGCAGCAUCCACCGCUCAACUGCUGGUGGCCUGUAAGGUCAAGGCUGACCAGGACUCCCAGACCAUGAAGAGACUGCAGGCUGCAGGUAAUGCCGUCAAGAGGGCGUCAGAUAACCUGGUGAAGGCGGCGCAGAAGGCUGCGUUCGAGGCCCAAGAUGAUCAGGCCGUGAUGGUGAAGAGCAAGAUGGUAGGCGGUAUCGCUCAGAUCAUCGCCGCUCAGGAAGAGAUGCUCAGGAAGGAGAGAGAGCUGGAGGAAGCCAGGAAGAAGCUGGCCAUGAUACGACAGCAACAGUACAAGUUCCUGCCGUCAGAGCUCAGAGAGGACGGACAGGAACAGUGAGCCGCGCCAGAGACUAAUCAGUGACAUUGAGAGCUCGAGAAAAGUCAUCAACGAUAUGCAAUGAGUAAAAAGUGAACUAUGUAUCAGGAUGUCUAUUUUAAGUGUUUUGUUUAUUUCCGUCACUUUUUUUUGGAGAAUUGCCAUGCCAGCUUUAUUGUUUAGUUGUAUUUGGAUAAAGCAUAUACAAAUCCUUUUUAAUGUCUAUAUUAUUUUUCUUCAGUACUAGAUAGGUCAGAUCAGCAGUGUGUGUUUUGAAAGCUCGUGAUCGUGGCAGGGGCCAAACAGUGUUUGUAAGCUUUUCAAGACAAAAUUUGUACUUUUUCAAUUUUUUUUUUUUUUUUUUUUUUUUUUUUUUUGUGGCAAUUUGGACCAGCAGUGCAAUGAUUAACUUUGCGUCGAAACAAUUCACGGAGAAAACAUAUCAUUUUCUAAAUAAAAGAAUAAUAAAGCUUUGAAAUGUUACAAUAGCAUCUCCUGUUAAUGUUUUGUCGAUGUUUGCUUUUGUGACAACUUGGUCUGCUAGCGAAUGAUAUCUUUUAUAACGCAUAAAAGCCAUAUUUACAUUUUUGCUUUUAUAAUGUGUUUUUUUUUUUUGUUCUUUUCUUGCUAUUAACUGUUGUAAUUUACUUAUGUGAUGCCCGUGCAGAUGUAGACAAGACGAUAUUAGAUUAACAAAAAUUAACAAAAAUUGCUUAAUUGCAAUGGUUGUUCAUGAAAGAAUCAGAGUUAUUAUAAAGAACUGUUUUUAAGAAAAGAAAAAGACUGUUAUUAAUAGAUGAAAUGCAUUUAACAGUUUGAGUUUUCACCAUUGCUGCCUUUCCUGUUGCAUUCGGUAUGUUCUGAAUCUUGCCUGCCUUUAUAUUUUAUAAUUGUGUAUUUAUCUGUUAACAGUUUCUCACCUAAAAUAAGCAGACACACUUAGUCGAUGUGUUUAUCUAAACACUCAUAAAUUCACUGUUUUGCAAAUA